CGAAAACCCGAUCGGAUAUAUCUCAGAAUGUUCUGAACGACAAUCACUCUGAAAGCGGAGCACCGGUGAACAAUAGUUCACAACGCGGUGCAUCUGCUUUGGCCAACCAAAGGGCUAUCCCUAUGGUGACCGUGCCAAGCAACUCUGUGGACAAACCCGAGAAAUUCAACGGGUUAAACUUCAAGAGGUGGCAGCAAAAGAUGCUAUUUUACCUCACUACUCUCGGUCUUGCUAGAUUCUUGACCGAAGAUGCGCCGGUAGCAACUGGGGGUGAGGUGGAUGCGCAAUCUUUCAACGCGGUUCAAGCUUGGAAGCAUUCUGACUUCCUUUGCCGAAACUACGUGUUGAACGGGCUGCAUGAUGCUUUGUACGACGUUUAUAGCAAAUUAGCUACGGCUAAGGAGCUAUGGAAUGCAUUGGACCACAAAUAUAAAAGCGAGGAUGCCGGCGCAAAGAAAUUUGUUGUUGGUCGAUUCCUUGAUUUUAAAAUGGUGGAUUCGAAGACGGUCUUGAGUCAAGUUGAGGAGAUGCAAAUGAUCUUCAACGAAAUUCGAGAUGAAGGAAUGACGGUUAGUGAGUCAUUCCAAGUGGCGUCAAUUAUUCACUUAUUGCCGCCGGCUUGGAAGGGUUUCAAGAACUACCUUAAGCAUAAGCGAAAGGAAAUGAACUUGGAGCAAUUGAUCCUCCGUCUGCGGAUUGAAGAGGAUAACCGGAAGAACGAUGGGAAACUCCCAAUUGUUCAUGGCGCCAAGGCCAACGUGGUGGAGCAUGCUAAAGGCUCCAAAAAUAAAAAUAAUGGGAAGAGCAAGCUCGGUCCCAAGGGAGGCGUUUCCAAGACAAAGUUCAACGGAAAAUGCUUCAAUUGCAACAAGAAUGGACACAAGUCCUCGGAUUGCAAGGCAC